CAGCGUGGUGUGUCUGUGGUUCCCUGGAGGCUCCUGGAUGGCAGCUUUGACAGUGAUACUGAUGGUGCUGAGCCCUCCUCUGGCUUUGGCCAGGGACACCCAACCACGUUUCUUGGAGUAUGAUAAGUUUGAGUGCCAUUUCUCCAACGGCACGGAGCGGGUGCGAUACCUACACAGAAACUUCUAUAACCGGGAGGAGCUCGUGCGCUUCGACAGCGACGUAGGGGAGUACCGCGCGGUGACCGAGCUGGGGCGGCCGGACGCCCAGCACUGGAACGGGCAGAAGGACGUCCUGGAGCAGAGGCGGGCCGCGGUGAACAGCCAAGGAGACUACUCUGCCUUCCUCACUGUUCUCUCCGUUUUUUCUCUCCUAGUUGAGCCUACAGUGACUGUGUAUCCUAUGAAGACCCAGCCAUUGCAGCAUCACAACCUCCUGGUCUGCUCUGUGGAUGGUUUCUAUCCAGGCAACAUUGAAGUCAGGUGGUUCCGGAAUGGCCAGAAAGAGGAAACUGGGGUGGUCUCCACAGGCCUGAUUCAGAAUGGAGACUGGACCUUCCAGACCCUGGUGAUGCUUGAAACGGUUCCUCAGAGUGGAGAGGUUUACACCUGCCAAGUGACGCACACGAGCCGGAUGAGCCCUAUCACGGUGGAAUGGAGGGCACAGUCUGAAUCUGCACAGAGCAGGAUGCUGAGUGGAAUUGGGGGCUUUGUGCUGGGCCUACUGUUCCUUGGGGUGGGGCUAUUCAUCUACUUCAGGAAUCAGAAAGGACAUUCUGGACUUCAGCCAACAGGACUCCUGAGCUGAAGUGACGACAACACCUGAGGAGAAACUUUCUGUCCCAGCUUCUUUGCAGCAUGAAAAGGUUUCCUGCUUGGCUCUUAUGCUCACACAAAGAGAGUCUUUCUC